UUAACCGAAGAGAUACAUUACCGUUGAGCGCUCUUUGUUAGCUGCUAAUUUUCACGGAGAAGAUACUUUGUAUCACUAUCAGAAUAUGUUUCUGCUUCUACUCUACCUGACGAUCUCCGUGAACGGAAUCGCAGGCCUCAACUUUCAUCUCAUGAAGACCAAUUCCUACACCAUGCUGUCAACAGAAAGUGAUUACGGUCUUCUGAUGGUCGAUGGAGGAACAGUCUACCACAGCGGGAUGAACUCCGAGACGCUGAACUGGAUUUGUCGCAUGUUGGGCUACCAGUCAUACAACGCUCUGACUACAGAUGGCGGUUCCUGGCAUCAGAGCUUGCCUGUCAGGUAUCGAUAUCUUGAGUGUUCAGGUAGUACAGUUCCUCAGUGUCGAUAUAGAAAGUACGGAGAUUACUACAGUUACUCUCUCUUCAUCUACUGCAACGUUCGGUCCCAGAAAGGAGACUCUUCCCAAUUCUACCUUGCGGGCAAAGACAAGCAACACACCCAGAAAGAACACGGUCUGCUGAUGUACAACGGAGGAACAGUAAGUGGAAAGAAAUUCGAUGACUCAACAGCGGAGUUGGUGUGCCGCAUCAUGGGCUACGAAGGUGUAAUGAGCUGGAACCUCGGUCGAAAAUAUAUGCCGGAUCAGAAAGACUUAGAUAUAAGUCUUAGCAGCGUGAAUUGUCUAUCUAAGGAUAGAGCAUUCCCACUAUGCACAUACGGAACAGAUGUCACAAAUGCCACCCAUGAUGAAGAUGUCUGGUUGUGGUGUGACAUGCCAAACACCGACAUCCUCGUCUGUCCCCCUGGACAAAGAAAAUCCGGCAGCAACAAGUGCUACGAGUGCGGGCCCAAUACCUACUCCCCCGAACCCAGCACCAGCACCUCCUGUCUCUCCUGUCCUUCAAGAUCAACCUCCCUCACCGGAUCUACCUACUGCUCCUGUGAUGAAGGCACCUACAUGAGUUCUGACCAUAAUGAAUGUCUGGAAUGUCCCACAAAUUCUACCUCACUGAACGGAUCAUCAUUCUGCUCAUGUGUCGCUGGCACAUAUCUCUACGUUGACCUAAGCAGUUGUGUGGCGUGCUCAAGUGGUACAGUCAGCAAGGAGGGCGGAACAGCUCCAGAUGACUGUGUGAGUUGUCCUAGAGGAUCAGUGCCACUGAACAACGGACAAGUUUGCAGCUGUGAGAAAGGAUAUGGUUGGGAAUGGGGCGUAGACAUGGAGCAGUCCUGUAAAGCAUGUCCUGCAAACUCUUUCAAAGACAAAAGACAAGGGAUCUGUGUUCAAUGUCCUGACGAGGCAACCUCCCUCCCUCUCUCUGAGAGCUGUCAGUGUUCCGGCGGACUAUCUUGGGAUGGAAAGACCUGUGUAGACUGCACUUCUCUAGGUAGCAGUAGUGCAGUGGAAUGUGUAACUGUUCCGCUGGAACAUUCUGGAGUGAUAACCAGUGCAGACCCUGUUCAAGAAACUUUUUCAGUGGGAAUCACUCCACUGUUUGCCUAAAGUGCCCCAUAAACACUGUAUCUGACACACAAUCCUCUGAGUGCUCUCACUGUUCGGUUGGAUACGCGUGGCAAAACUACACUUGCACCGAAUGUCCAGAAAACUAUGUUGGAAACGGAGCCGUGUGCAGUAUUUGUCCAACAGAAUCGGUGCCUCUCAAAAACAAAGACGUUUGCAGCUGUGAGAAAGGAUAUGGAUGGGUAUGGAGCAAUAGCGGGGAUGGGUCCUGUAAAGCAUGCCCUGCAAACUACUACAAAGAAAAAGAACAGGGAACCUGCAUAAGAUGUCCUCACGAAGCCACCUCCCUCCCUCUCUCUGAAGAGUGUCACUGUCCAAGUGGACUAUCUUGGGAUGGAGAGAGCUGUGUGAACUGCACUUCUCCAGGUAGCAGUAGUGGAGUGUGUAACUGCUCUGCGGGUACAUUCUGGAGUGAAGACAGUAGCCUGUGUACACCCUGUCCCACAAACCACUUCAGUGGACAGUUCUUCUCUCUCUGCUCAAAGUGCCCUGUCUUCACAGUAUCUGAGUCUGAAUCCUCUGAGUGUUCCCCCUGUCCUAAAGGAUACUCCUGGAAAAAUGACACUUGUAUUGAAUGUCCAGAAAACCAUGUUGGAAACGGGGCUACUUGCAGUGUUUGUCCAGAAGGAACCUCUCCAUCCAAAGAUAAAACUAUCUGCCAAAAGUCUUCUGUUGACGCUCUGUCGGUAGUUAGCUUAGUGUUGUCCAUCCUGAUUCUCGCCAUGGUGAUAGGAAUCAUCCUUUACAUCUGGAAGGAAAAAAGAGAAAAAGACCUGCAGGAAGACAUACACAUGGUUUACCAGGCUGAGCUCUCAACCACGGAUGCCAAAGUUAGAGGGCGGAGAUGUAUGUGUCCCUCCUGUCCCUGCAGUGAAGUAGCCAAACCUGCUCUCCCAAAAAGAGGAAACACCCUACAACAAGAUGAUAUCUAUGCUAACAACUAGCACUCCGAAAAAACCCCAUCUUAUCCCCUCUAAAAUGCCCAAAGUCUAAUGUAGAAACUGAGAUAGAAUAGAUUGUUCAAGACUUAUCAAACCUUCGAUUUUGAAAUUAAGGACACUUUGGGGACAAACUCUUGUUUUAGAACUCUUGAAUAAACUUGUUUGAAAUUGAAUCGACUGAUUAUUGAUAUUUAACAUUAUGCUUUAAAUACUACAUCUUUUAGGUGGUUACCUGUUAAAAUAUUUGAUUUAAGAUUGGAUUGUUAUAACACUAUUAUUUGUAAAAUUAGAAAAAGAGUUAUUAAUGUUGCAUUGGGUGUAAUUCCAAUUUAAGGUUGAUGUUGAGUUUGUCAGCAUGUCUGAUUAAAUGAAUCUAUUUGAUUGUUAAUCUUCGACUGUCUCAUACUUUCAACAAUAUCA